UGUAGUCGUUCAAAAACUUGCUUCAUUACUUGUAUUGUGAAUUUGUAUUUAAAACAUUUAACGGGCUAUGCGCUUCGAUGACUUUAUUAAUAAUAAGUAUUAUGGUAUGUCGACAGUGAUUCAUUAUCAUGUUUAAAAUUAUUGUUGACUGUUGAUUGAUUGACCAGUGUCUGUCAGAACUUUUACGACGCCAAUUGAUAUCUUCUGCGUUGGCUAGGAAGUUUUCUUUAUUAUUUCAUACGAAUAUAACUGUGCAUACAAGAUUGCAUGCAUAAAUCGCUGUUGUAUACAUCAAAUAUGACUAGUAUUGCAGCGAAGACAUCAGCAAUGUUCAAUAACGGCGUGACCAGCGUCGAAGUUGUGGACAGCGAUAACGAGAAUAUUGGCGUUGAAAGGAGUGGUAUUAAAAAGUUAUGGGUUCCUACAGUAAACAAAUUUCGACAAUUUUUCAAAUCGUCUCCGAAUACUAUGAUGAGUAAUAAUAAACGCCAUUGGCGCAAGCGUCAUAAUAAGGAAGACACUGAAAAUGAUCAAUACUAUGACCAGGACGACGAACAAGACGAUUAUAGUGAUAAGCAGGAGCUACACCAACAGGUUGAUGAUAGAAAUGGUAGUAAAAGUCAUGAUAUAGAAGAAGACGAUGAUGACGAUGAAGAGGACCAAGACGAAGAUAGACAAGUACGAAAGAAAAUGCUCAGAAAACAAAAUAAAAAAGAAGUAGAAGUAAAAAAAAAAAAAAAUACUGAAAUACGGUUGUUACUGGCUAAAUCAUCAGAUGACGCUAAAAAGAACCCAAAAAUGAUUUCGGAAUCUACCGCUGUAGUAUCAAUAGUGGACGAAGUAGAUUGUAAAGAAAAUCUAAACACUAACAUCAAUGAUGCCGAAAGAGAAACUUGGGAAAGGAAUGCAGAUUUUUUGCUAUCUAUUAUUGGAUUUGCAGUAGACUUGGCAAAUAUUUGGCGGUUUCCAUAUCUUUGCUACAGAAACGGCGGAGGAGCAUUUUUAAUACCGUACUUUUUAAUGUUGAUAUUUGGCGCGGUUCCCCUAUUUUACAUGGAACUCAUAUUAGGCCAAUAUAAUAGACAGGGACCAAUAAGUGUGUGGAAGAAUGUAUGCCCUCUUUUUAAAGGAGUUGGAUUUUGUGCUGUGCUAGUUGCGUUUUAUGUAUCAUUUUACUAUAACGUUAUUAUUGGCUGGUCGCUGUAUUUUUUGGCAAUGAGUACAACCAGUAGCUCGGGACAGUUGCCAUGGGUGCACUGUAACAAUACCUGGAAUACAGACUUGUGCGUUGAACAGAAAGACGAUUGGGGAUCGGUCUAUAACCAAUCAUAUCAUGUUCAUAAUUACCUACCCAGAAUGCACGCAAAUGGGACUUUACUGCCGAUGUCCGAUGGUAUUUCAGCUACAGGCAGUAAUUUCAACAACCAGAGUUCACCGGCGGCUGAAUAUUUCCACCGUGGCGUGCUCGGCAUGAGCGACGGUCUCAACGAACUGGGAUAUCCAAAAUGGCAACUGGCUUUGUGUGUGUUCAUCGUGUACGUUAUGCUGUAUUUGAGCUUGUUCAAAGGUGUCAAGUCGUCCGGAAUCGUCGUUUGGGGCACGGCCACACUACCGUAUUUAGUAUUGACAAUCUUGUUGAUUAGAGGUCUCAUGUUGCCUGGUUCGCUAACCGGCAUAACCUAUUAUUUACAGCCCGAAUUGUACCGCCUUUUAGAUACACAAGUGUGGGUGGACGCAGCCGUUCAGAUAUUUUAUUCGGUAGGAGCCGGGUUCGGGGUUCACUUGUCAUACGCAUCAUACAACAAUAUAAAAAACAAUUGUUACACCGACUGCUUGAUCACAACGGCCGUCAACUGCUUCACCAGUUUCUUUUCCGGUUUUGUUAUAUUCACUUAUUUGGGUUUCAUGUCGCACAAACAACAUAAGCCCAUAAGUUCGGUAGCUACUGAGGGUCCUGGUCUGGUGUUUCAAGUUUAUCCCGAAGCUGUAGCAACGUUGCCCGGAUCAAAUAUCUGGGCCAUGUUGUUUUUUUUCAUGUCCAUCACGUUGGGCAUUGAUUCGGCGAUGGGUGGAUUAGAAUGCGUCAUUACUGGACUGAUGGACGAAUUUAGUGGCUUCUUUAAGAACCGUAAAUGGCCACGCGAACGUUUCACGUUUGCAGUCAUAGGUAUAUCGUUUUGCGUGGCUCUGAUAAAUGUGACACCGGGUGGCAUUUAUAUGCUUCAUUUGUUGGACACGUAUGCUGCUGGUAUAUCUCUGCUGUGUUCGGCGUUAUUUGAAUGCAUAGCCGUAUCGUGGUUUUAUGGUUUGGAGAAAUUUUGCAACGACGUGGAAAGCAUGAUCGGCCACCGUCCCGGGCUAUAUUGGCGAUUAUGUUGGAAAUUCGUCAGCCCAAUGUUCAUUAUAGGUGUAGUGACUUUUGCUUUGAUUGAUCACAAACCAUUAAGCUACAAUGGUUACGUAUAUCCAGAAUGGGCUGAAUGGUUAGGCUGGACCCUAGCCUUUUCGUCAAUACUUAUGAUACCUGGUAUGGCUAUAGUGCAAAUGUGCAGAGCAAGCGGUUCGUUUAAAAAGAGAUUGGCUUAUAACAUCACGCCGUUGAAUGAGCGCGAAUCGAUGGAAAAGAAUAAAGGCGAAUGUACCAGAUUUCGUCUAAAACACUGGCUCUAUAUAUAGUAUAACUGAUCAAAUAAUGUAUUCAGGUUUUUUUUAUAUAAAUUAUAAUUAUAUCGCUUUGUGUUUCGUUAAUUAAUAACACAUUUCUGCUAUUGGCUAAUAUAACGAAAAAAUAAAAAACAAAACAAAUUAGACAAUAGUUAAGUAAGUAUAAUAAUAUACGAUAAUAAUAUGUUUAACAGAAUUAUAAAUUAUACACACAGAUAUAACUCGUUUUACAAAAUAUCUAAUAUUAUAAUUAGAUGGAACGUAUACGUACCUAAUAAACAUUGUUAAUUGGUAGACUAAUUUAAAACGAAAAAUGACUUUUGGCACUAAGUGUACGUACUUAGUAAGUAGUGUUUAAUAUUUUAUAUCAUGUACAAUUUCGCAUUUGCAACAAUAUUAUUAUGUAUCUAUUAUAUUAUUAUGUUUAUACAUUUUUCAGUAAGUUCAAUAAUGUUUUAAAUGUUGUUUUUAAUGUUUGAUAAUGGAUAUUCUAUCAUUUAUGAAACAGAAUCUUACAACAUUAUUGGGCGCUCUGUAUUUUAUAUUGUUAUGCAAAACUGCCAAGUUUGAAGUUAUAAAACGUCAUACUUAAAUGUUUAAAUUUAUCGAUAUUAUCAAAAAUAUAAAAUAUAAAAUAAUAAUCUUUAUAUUAUCUCUAUCUCUCUCUUUCUAUAUAUAUAUAUAUAAGUACUCAAUUCAGGUAAAUUAUUUUUUGUACACUCAACAGAUAUAUUACUAAUCAAUAUUAUAACCAUUAUUAUACAUGUAUAUUAUGAUAUUGUAAUAUUGUAAUAUUAGUAGUGUAUAGUUAAAAAGAUACGAUAUUGUCAUUAGCAAUAUAUGUUACACAUAAAUACGCUGAACACGCGAACCUUCAAACACAUAUAUACAUAAUACAUAUGCUUAUAUACAUAAGGAAAUGUAUAAAUCAAUAAUUGUGUCAAAUUAACAGUACAAUUAUUAUUUGUUGCUCUGUUACUAUACCUAUCUUUAAUUAAAAAUAUUUAGAUAAAGUGUAUAGAAUUAGGUAUUUUAUUAACCACUUUUAUGUUUGUUAUACCUAUUAAAUAUGUAGGUACCUACGUUUAAAAUAUUCCAUAUUUCCUUAUCUCCAUUAUUAUCUAUUGAUUGACUUAAGUGAUCGAGUAAGACAUGUACAAUUGUCUCAGUAACAUAAUAUUUUUAAUAAAAUAAUAUUAAUAACCAUUAGUAUUCCUAUUUUAUGAUACAAUAAGAGUUAUACUAUAACAUGCCACUAUAUCUUACAGUAGUUUGUUUACUCUAUAAUUUGUAGGUAUUUUAUUUUAUUGAUUUUUUAUUAUUUAUUUAUACAUAUUUUUUUUUAAUAUUUAGCAGUUCAUGUGUAGUCUAUAAAUCGUUAAUGUCAAAAAACCUUAUUUUUUAUGAUUAAACUUUUUUUUUUUUUACUCUUGUCAUAAUUAUUAGUUAAUAAGUAUUAUUAAAGAAAUCAAGUUAAAUAAGAAUAAUCGGAAUAAUUACAUCUCUAUAGUAUAUAACCAAUAGAAUAUCUUAUACAAUAUUUGUUGUUUACCGCAUAAAAGUUGUGUUAUAAAUAUUUAUGUAAAAAUAAUAACUUAUUAUUAUAAAUCAACCGUUAUGUAUAAUUUAUGAGUUACACUACUUAGCAGUUACCUAUUUAUGUAUUUACUGUUUGAUAUAAUAAUUUAUAAGAACUUAUAAUUAAAUGUUAACAUAAUACAAUUUAACAUUAUUACACAUUAUAUAAUAUAUAGUUAUAACUUAUAAGUUUGAAUAAUAUAAAUUAAUAACAAAUUAGAUAUUAGAUACAAAGAUACUUUGUCAAAGGAAAUUCCUCAUGUUACUUAUUAAAACCAAUUGAGAAAUACUGUUAACAAUUUAAUACGCAGUAUACUAAACUCAAAUUAUCAAAUUAAAUAUUAUGUUCUUUUAAGGAUCCUCACAAUUGUUACUAAAUGGAAAAACAAUUAAUCUUACGCAAUUAAUUUAUCUGUAGAUUUUAGUAUUCUUCUAGAGGCCAUUAUUAUUAUAUACUAUAUUAUAAUUUAUAAGUAUCAAUAUUUAUUCGUAUCUUUAUAUCCUUAAAAUAUUAAGUUGCGUUAUUAUUAAAAUAUAAAAUAAAAUAAACAUUAUUAAACAUCGGAAA